AUGACGGCAGUCAACAUUCCGAAGCUGCGGGUGCGGGCCAAAAAGGUACAGAACCUGCCCCAAUGCGCGAUCGAAAUGUCCUCGCUCGCGACCUGCUGGGCAUCCAUCUCAGUCGACGACAAGCGCUGCGCCGAAACAGCCAAGGCGCUGGCCUCCUGCAUGCAAAAGGCCAAAGCACCAGGGGCAAAGCGGUCCAGCGUCAACUACCACCUGGCGCGGCUUGGCAAACAAGUGCUGGGCAAAAACUAA